UUUGUCUUUUGUAAUAAUUUGAAGUUAAUACAUAACGUUCUUGCUCUUGGAAUCUUUCAAGAUAAUUUUCCAAUGGGGUUUUUCACUUUCUUCACCUCCUUCUUGUUACUGUCAUCAGCUGCCGCACUGUUUGAUCAGCAUUCUUGUGCUGCCGGAGAUGGACUGGAGCUCGAGUCGCUGACUCAAGAGCUGCUGGCGUCGGCGAGGGAGCCCGAGUUUUUCGAAUGGAUGAGAGGGUUGAGGAGGAGGAUCCACCAGUACCCGGAGCUGGGAUUCCAGGAGCACAGGACGAGUGAACUCGUCAGGACCGAGCUCGACUCGCUGGGAGUUGGGUACAAGUGGCCUGUUGCCAAGACUGGGGUGGUGGCUUAUAUUGGCUCUGGCUCUAAACCAGUCUUUGCUCUUAGAGCUGACAUGGAUGCCCUCCCUCUCCAGGAAUUGGUAGAUUGGGAAUACAAGAGCAAAGUUGAUGGAAAGAUGCAUGCUUGUGGUCAUGAUUCUCACGUCGCAAUGCUACUUGGAGCAGCCAAGUUGCUUCAAAACAAAAGAGAUUUGUUGAAGGGAACCGUGAAACUAGUUUUCCAGCCGGGAGAGGAGGGUUACGCUGGAGCUUACCAUAUGUUAAAAGACGAUGUUUUGAAUGACAUUGAUGCCAUCUUGAGCAUACAUGUUUUUCCAUCAGUACCAACUGGUGCCAUAGCUUCGAGGCCUGGGGCAGUACUUGCUGGCGUAGGGCUCUUUGAGGCUACAAUACAAGGAAAAGGAGGGCAUGGAUCAUCCCCUCAUGAGGCCAGGGACCCAAUUCCUGCAGCAGCCUCUAUAACCCUUGCACUCCAACAGAUUGUGUCUCGAGAGACAGAUCCACUUGAAUCCAGAGUGGUAACAGUUGGGUACAUACAGGGAGGUCAAGCAGGAAAUGUGAUCCCUGACAGUGUGAAAGUCGGGGGAACUUAUCGAAGCUUGACUUCUGAGGGUCUCUCAUAUCUCCAAGAAAGGAUCAAAGAGAUCAUAGAGCAGCAAGCAGCCGUGUAUCGAUGUACUGCUGUGGUCGACUUCAUGGAGGACAGACCACUGCCUCAUCCGGCGAUGAAGAAUGACGAUGCACUGUACGAACAUGUGAAGAAUGUCGGUGAGGUCCUUGUUGGGAAACCUAAUGUUCAUCUUAUGCCACUGACUAUGGGUGCAGAGGAUUUCAGCUUCUUCGCAGAGAAGACUGCUGCUGCAAUCUUUGUGGUUGGGAUAAAGAACGAGACUCUGAAAUCGGGCCAACACUUGCACUCUCCCUACUUUUUUAUCGAUGAGGAGGCUCUUCCAAUAGGAGCAGCACUUCAUGCAGCGUCUGCAAUCUCAUACUUUGAUCGCCAUGUUGUCAACACUCAGUAGGAACAUGGUUCACUCUGCAAUUCUAGAAACAAGGAACACGAAUGUAAAAAUGUUUUAGAAAAUAAAUGCUGCACCUUUCAGCACUCAUAUCGCUUGGCGAUUACCCUAAUCAACUAAGCAAAGCAUACUUAGAAAGCCAUGUUGCUAAUGACUGAGUAUAAACAUUGUACUAUCUUCACUUCUAAAAACAUCCAACCUUUGCUCUUGAAA